AUGUCUCUGAUGGAAGCUGCCCGGGGCCUCGCUAAGCGCGCUGGCCAUGGAGAAGAAGAUCCCACUGCUGGCCGCGAGAACGUUGACGUACAGCACUACCUUGGAUACAUCUGGUGGAUCAUUGUUGUCGUCUUCUUCCUCUACCAAGUCAUUCUCUACUUUGUGCGCUACAUCCGAACCGUCACAUGCCUGAACAACGACACUCAGCGCUACUUUGCCAUUCCCAACCGCACUUAUGCCGCAUUCAAGAAGCACUGUCUCGAUGCUCCUCUCUUCCGCACCCGUCACCACCGCGAGUUCAAGCUCUCGUCUGCCAUCGGCGUGGGAACACUGCCCAGCCGCCUGCAGACCUUUUUCCUCGUCGGCUACUUUGCUGUCAACAUUGGCUUCUGCGUGUGGAGAAUUGACUACAGCAGCUUCGCCUCGGGUGCCGGUGAGCUCCUUAGCCGCUCUGGUAUCAUGGCCGUCAUCAACAUGAUCCCAUUGUUCCUACUUGCUGGUCGCAACAACCCCAUCAUCAAGCUCACUGGCAUCUCUUUCGAUACCAUGAACUUGGUCCACCGCUGGUUUGGGCGAAUCGUUGUCCUCGAGGCAAUUGCCCACACUGUCUGCUGGAUGGCCAACAAGGUUCACAGCAAGGGCUGGGUCGCUGUUCAAGCUUCAAUCACCAAGAGUGAAUUCAUCAUGAGCGGUUUUAUUGGAACUGUCGCAUUUGUGUUCCUUUUGAUCCAGUCGCCCUCGCCCAUCCGCCACUCCUUCUAUGAGGUUUUCCUGCACGGCCACAUUGUCGGUGCUGCGCUCGCGCUCGGCGCCGUAUGGGUCCACCUUAAGGACCGCGAGCAGCAGCGCAUGCUUUACGCAGUCGCUGCUCUCUGGGCUAUGGAGCGUACCUGGCGAUUUGUCCGUAUUAUCAUGCGCAACGUUGGAAACGGCGGCACUGGCUGCGAUGUUGAAGUCCUUCCAGGAGAUGCCCUCCGUGUCACUGUCCGCAUGGCACGCCCCUGGAACUUCCGCCCUGGCCAGCAUGCUUACCUGUACAUCCCUUCUGUCGGUCUUUGGACCAACCACCCCUUCUCCAUCGCGUGGAGCGAGGAGGAGGAGGACCUCAGCAUUGCUUCUUCCUCUGGUGAUGAAAAGGGUCUCCCCAUGAACCGCCAGGAUAUCCUCGAGCACCACAAGACCAGCAUGUCUUUCAUCAUCCGCCGCCGAACAGGUUUUACCGACAAGCUGUUCAAAAAGGCCGAUCUCUCCGCUGCCGGCCGAUUCUCCUGCUCGGCAUAUGUCGAGGGUCCCUAUGGUGGUGAGGACCUUAGCUCCUAUGGCACUGUUAUGCUUUGGGCUGCUGGUAUCGGUAUCACGCACCAGGUUCCCCACGUGCGCGAUAUCGUUGCCGGUUAUGCAAACGGCACUGUUGCUACUCGUCGCCUCACACUUGUAUGGAUCAUCCAGUCGCCUGAGCACUUGGAGUGGAUCCGUACAUGGAUGACACAGAUCCUUUCCAUGCCACGUCGUCGCGAGAUCCUCAAGAUUCUGCUCUUCGUCACCCGCCCCCGCAGCACCAAGGAGAUCCACUCGCCCUCUUCAAGUGUUCAGAUGUUCCCCGGUCGGCCCAACGUCCAAGCCUUGGUCGACCAGGAGAUGCAAGAGGGUAUCGGUGCUGCCUGUGUCACCACAUGCGGUACUGGUGGUCUCGCUGAUGAGCUCCGCCGCGCGGUCCGCAACCGCGAGACCCAGUGGAACGUCGACUUCCGCGAGGAGUCUUUCUCGUGGUAA